AUGUUUGUAAGGAUACUGGCGGUGCUCGCUGCGGUGACGUUAACGAAUGGCCAGUUUAGUGUGCCACCCACUGCUACUAGUGGUGUCGACCCCAACUGUCGGGACAAGAUUGAUACAUGUUGGAAGAUGCCGGAAGCGAACUGCAAGGCUCCUUACGUGGAGUGGGCGACGCAGUACUGCCCUAAUAGGUGCAAAAUCUGUAACGGCCCUGCGACCCCCGCCCCGCUGUGUGACGACAAGUUACCCAAUUGUGACUCCUAUGAUAAGUCUGUGUGCACGAGUCCUGACUACCAAACCUGGGCCAACGAUAACUGCAGAUACUACUGUAGAAAUGAGCUAUGUACCCCGGAACAGAUUCGACAAAAGGAGAGCCAAACCACAACCAUUGCCCCACAAGACUGCGCAGACAAGGUGGAUUGUCGACAGUACGGGACUAACGCCUGCUCCGGUACGUUCAAGGCUUGGUCCCGGGACAACUGCGCCAAACAUUGCGGAUACUGUGUAGGCCUUCCAACACCCCCGCCUGCGUGUGUCGACAAGAUCCCAAACUGUAAGGACUACCCGGCUACCACGUGCACCGAGGCGACGUACAAACUCUGGGUGGAAGACAACUGCCGCAAACACUGUGGAGUCUGUACUGACAACACCCCUAUCUCGUACACUCCACCAACCCCAGCCCCACCUAUGGUGCCGGGCAAGAGAAACCAAGUGCGGCACAGCUCCUUCCGAGUCCGCCGCCAGUUCCACGCCAGCCACCAUCAUGGGGGCAGCGGCACCGGGAAUUGCUGGGAUUCUAACGAUCCACUCUGCGGCACCAGCGCUCCAAAUGGACAGACAUCGCCGCCGAGUACCACAAGAACAGACAACGGAAUAGGUACCUCCGAGUUCCCUGGGAGCGAGUUCAAGCAUGAAAAACCGGAGACUGACUGGGAUUCCAAGUCUUCCACUUCAUAUCCCGCAACUGCCGAGAAAACAAAGUCAACCACAGCCACCGAAACCACAUCAGAAUCACCCUCUUCAACACAAACAUCGUCCACUUCAUCAGAAACAUCUACGGACAUCGUAACAACUCCUUCCAGCACUGGAACGUCCACAGAGAGUGUAUCAGCAUCAACUUCUGAGCCGAAAUCUACAACUAUGCGACUAAGUACACAGCAGAGCACUAAAACAACAUACGGUCCACCUCCGACUCGAUCAACAGAAGGCUCAUCAGAACAAACAACCAAACCAUCAACCACAGAAACAUCAACGCUAAAAAUAUCAAUCUCCACCGAGAACCCUUCCUCAAUGACAAGUUCCAAAGAAACACCUACUACAGCAACGCCUGCAUCCUUAACAACAACAUCUAUUAUCACGCCAAGUGAACUUUCUUCUGCAUCAGCGAAAUCGACUUCACAAACAUCGUCAUCAACUGAAUCUCUAUUCUCAACUACAACUCCAUCAUCUGUUGAUACAACUGUCACAUCGUCUAAAUCAACAGAAACAUUAAACCCAUCCACCACGCCAUCAACAACAGUACUUUCUUUAGUUUCGACGUCGUCUCCAAUUUCUAAAUCUACAACCGCUUCGUUUACCACAUCUAGUGCACCGCCAACCCGAUCUACAUCGACAAUAACGACAGAGAAAAUAACAUCAUUGGGAUCGUCUAGUGCAAAGACGUCUCCAUCAGCAUCACCAACAACAACAACAACAACAACACCAUCAACAGAAUCAACUACAACAACAUCGGGCCCUCCUCCUACACGAUCAACUACCACUGACGCUUCGACGACUUCUUCUUCAUCGUCUCCCUCAGUAUCAUCAACAACAACAUCAACAGAAUCAACAACAACAACAUCGGGUUCUCCGGCUAUACGAUCAACUACCAAUGACGCUUCGAUGACUUCUACUUCAUCGUCUCCAACAACAUCAUCAACAACAACAACAACAACAGCACCAUCAACCGAAUCAACAACAACAACAUCGGGCCCUCCUCCUACACGAUCAGCUACCACUGAAGCUUCGACGACUUCUACUUUAUCGUCUCCAACAGCAUCAUCAACAACACCAAAAACAGCACCAUCAACCGAAUCAACAACAACAACAUCGGGCCCUCCUCCUACACGAUCAACUACCACUGAAGCUUCGACGACUUCUACUUCAUCGUCUCCUUCAGUAUCAACAACAACAACAGCACCAUCAACAGAAGCAUCAACACGUAAAACACAGAAGCCACACACCACCCUUGACCACACAUCACAUGUUAAUAGUAAACAUACCGACUCAACCACUGCGCUGCCAUCUACCACAACCACAGCACAACUGACUACUACUACUACUACUACUACUACUACUACUACUACUACUACUACUACUACUACUACU